AUGUCCAGUGAAAGCACCAAAUCCACACAAGUAUCAGGAGUUGAUUCGAAUGGCGAUGGAAUCAUAGGUGGUACAGUACGUGCUGAUGGAUCUGUGAGGAAAACAUUAAAAGUUAGACCUGGAUUCACACCAAAGGAAGAAGUCAAGAGAUAUGAUGUUAGAGAAAGAAGAAGACAAAGGGAAGAAGAGAAAACAGAAGAAAAAACCAAAAAUGAAGAAGUAAUACGAAAUCCAGGGUCGAGACCUAAUAGACAGUUCAACGCAAUCAAUAACAUUCUGAAGGCAAAUUCAUCAAAACCACAGAAAAAAGAAGAUAAGAGUAUUGAUGAUGUGGAAUCAUCACUAAGAAAACUUGGAUUGAAUAGUAAAGGAAAUGGAGUCAAUAGUGUUUCAAAUGUCAAUAGGAGGAAAGAAACAAUAUGCCUCGAAACAACAGAGACCAAAGAUCAGGAAGAACCAACAAAACCGAAGAAGUACAUCCCACCAUCAAGAAGGAACAAAUGA